AUGCAUCCCCACGAUUCUGCUACGCGAAAACGCCGACGCCCACCACUGGCUUGCGGCGAGUGUCGUCGUCGCAAAAUCAGAUGCGAUCGCAAGUCUCCUUGCGUCCAUUGCACCCGCUUCAACCGUGUCUGCGCAUAUGCCGCCGGCACGCCCAAGAAAGUCCCACAGCAUGAUCGCACCAUCGAUCUGACCACACCGAGAUCGCAAACACCUUCUUUACCACCGCCGUACGUCAAAAAUAAAACGGCAGUUGCAGUGUCCUUUGACGCACCACAUUCACAUGCGUCGCCCGGCUCCUCGACGGAUGUUCAAGAUGGAACCUCGCAAUCUUCAUUGCUGGUGCGGGCUCUCUCGGCUCGCGUCAGAGAGUUAGAGGAGAAACUCAACCAGACUUCCAGUCCGUCAAGCGGAGAUCGAUCGAGUCAGCUGGCAGCUGUGCCAUCGGAACCGUCUCCCAUCAAUGGGACUUUCUUCAAGAGGAGGUUCUUUGGGAACAGUCAACGGUCGAUCUGUGAGUACAAGUUCCGUCCCCUGUUCGCCAGGCUCCUGCGAUCCGGAUGUCCCGAAAGUGUGGAGGUCCAUGAGCUCCUCCACCAAUGCAAGCGCCUGGGGCGAACGGUAAAAGCACAGGAGGUGUUCCACCAGCCCGUCUUCACUGAUCUCCGCGAGUACGUCCCUCCUCGACAGACUUCAGACCAGCUUGUGCAGGCUUACCUGCGCACCAUGGAGUCGGUCUACCGAAUCGUACACGUCCCGUCUUUGUUGCGAGCGUAUGAGCAGUACUGGGUAGACUCGUCGGCCGCUUCGCCGGGGUUUAUCAUCACCCUCCUACUCAUAAUGGCCAUUGGCAGCGUGUUCUGUCUUGAACAAAACCAAAACGGCCUACCCGUUUCUCGGGCAGCUGCUUCACACUGGAUCUACACAGCCCAGACAUGGCUCAGCUCGCCGUUUGAGAAGUCCCGACUGGAUAUCGACACGCUGCAACUCCACUGUCUCCUUCUUAUUGCCCGUCAGACCAACGCUGUAGGGAGCGACCUGGUCUGGCUGGCUGCUGGCACAUUAUUACGGACCGCCAUGCACAUGGGCCUUCACAUUGACCCGCGUCAUAUGCCAGAUAUGCCACCAUUCAAGGCGGAAAUGCGACGAAGGCUCUGGGCUACAGUUCUCGAAAUUAACCUGCAAACCAGCAUGGACGCUGGUGGCGUCCCUCUUAUCAGCUGCGACGACUACGACUGCGAACCGCCGAUGAACAUCGAUGACGAGCAGAUGGAAAACCCUACCCCGCAGUCCACGGAGACAUUCACAGAGACAUCGCUUCAAAUCGCACUUCUCCGAUCCGUGCCCGUUCGCCUCCAAAUCGCUCGGUUCACCAAUGACUUCCGCAGCGGCACGGCCUACGACGAAGCUCUGCGUAUGAGCGCAGACCUCACGGCCAUUUACCGCCAAAACUCCACUCUCUUCCGAACAUUCCACCAGAGCGUGUCUCAUCCCACUCCCUUCCAGGCCAGGUUCUUCGAUCUGAUGACACAGCGCUUCCUCCUCUCUCUCCAUGAUCCAUUUACUAUCCGGGCCAAGUCCAACCCGAUGUACUGCUACUCCCGACAAAUCGGUCUCCAGACCUCCCUCCAGAUCCUCAGCCCAUUCACAACCGACGUCCCCGACGCGGAGAUCGACCAAGACUACAAAUCCCUCUUGCUCCUCGGUGCGGCUCUCUACCGCGACGUCACCAUCCAAGCCAUCUGCACGGUCGCCGACGAGGGUCUCAGCAACCUAGAGGAGAAAAGCUCCUCGCUGACAGCACUUGGACCUAGCCCUUCACUCGACCCACACCUGCUGGCCGUCCGCGCCAUCGUGGAACGAUACACGGUCUACAGCAUGGGACGCAUCCGCGCGGGCGAAACCAACAUGAAGGGAUACCUGAUGGCAGUGUUCUUCCUGGCUCAUAUCGACGCGAGAACGAACGACGUGCCCAUUGAUCCGGCGGUGUACGGGGCAACUCGGUCGGCGUUGAAAACGUGCAUCGGUCUACUAGAGGAUAUGGUAGAGAAAUCUACCCGGGGCUCUGAUCCCGAUAUUCCUAGCGUGAACAUUGAGGAUACCACGGAGUCGUUCAGUCCGAAUGACUGGCUUGCGACGGAUGAAUUGGACCUGGAUGUGAAUUACUGGCUUGCCAUGCACGGUAUGAUCUAAGUAUCAGCCAGGGUGUUGUCACUAAGAAUCCCUGCGGGGAGCUCUCAUUUUCUCGGCCGUUUUCCUCUUACAUGUACAGGAUCAAGCAUACACAUAUACCCAACCACCCAUCUAC